AACUUCACUGCGCAGACUCAACCACACGCCUCUAUACAGCGACUCGCCAUGUGGACUCUGGUGUAAACUUGGAUGCAAAGUUUUUAGCCUUGAUUAUUUCUUAGUCAACAUGUCAUUUUGCUUUAACUUUGACGUGCAAGUACAAGCAACAAACCCGGACGAUGUGGAUAGAGACGAUCUGCAGAAAGUGAAGGACACUGCCGUUAAACCUACUGAGGGUAUUCCCGAACCAGCAGAGCCAGUAAAAGAAGCCAAAGAGCACCAUCCACCAUCUGAUCCGCACUUCCUCCUUGUGGACGCUGUGCCUGAAACGGUUAACAUAGGGACUCUUCCUCCUCUCCACUUCCUUAACGAGACAGUUUUUGAGAAGACGUCCACAGAGAGAGAGGAUGAGGAGAAAAUUCUUUCUCGAACUGUGGAGCAGAGGUCUGAUCUCAUCUCAGGCGUGUAUGAGGGAGGGCUGAAGGUGUGGGAGUGCACUUAUGACCUACUGGAGCUGAUUGAGAAAGACGUAGAAACUUUUGGGGGCAAAACUGUUUUGGAUUUGGGCUGUGGAGCGGGGCUGCUGGGGAUUUUGGCACUGAAAAGAGGAGCUGGGGAGGUCCACUUUCAAGAUUAUAACAGUACAGUUAUUGAGCAGGUUACGGUGCCAAAUGUAAUGCUAAACUGCCAAGACGACGAUGUAGACAGUGAAGAAGACAAUGAAGGAAAGGCCAAGGGAAAAAAACAGAAGGAAGAUGGGUGUAAAAAGAAGCUAACCGAGAAACAGGAGGAAAGAGACGGCAAACCGCCACCUAAGAAAAGAGCCCUAGACAUUUCUCAACACCCAUUACUAGCAAAGUGCCGCUUCUUUUCUGGUGACUGGAGUACAUUUCUUGAUUUAGUAAUAAAAGAGGACCCACAACCUAAAUAUGACCUCAUAUUUACAUCAGAGACUAUCUAUAACACCUCAUACUACCCUUCCCUACAUGAUACUCUCCACAGACUACUGGCACCAGAUGGCCUGGUCUACCUCGCCACCAAAUCCCACUACUUUGGAGUAGGUGGUGGACUGCACCUGUUUGAGACGUUUGUAGGAGAGAAGGGUAUUUUCUCUAUAGAUCAUUUGUGGGAUGGUGAGGAAGGCCUUCAGAGACAUGUAGUAGGCCUACGUUUUAAGGGAAAGGGCAUUUAGAUUAGUCAAACAGGCUUUUAUUACAUAUUGUUAAAUGGAAGGAAAAGUAUGUCUUCAGUCCUUUAUAUGAAAAGCUGUAAUAAAAGAUGGUGUCUCAACUUAA